AUGGCCCAGCCACCGAUGCUCGAAAUUCGCAAGGACGAAGCCACUAAGAGUCAGGGCACCGUCAAUGUACUCCCUUGCCGCGUCCACCACACCGGGUCGAUCGAGCCGUCCUCAGCUUAUUGGAGCCCCAGUGUAGAUGAGAACGAAACCAGAACCGCCUAUCUUCGAGGCAGGAAACUUCAGGGGAAAACUGCAUCGUUACCAGCAAAUUAUCGAGGAGUCGUUCUCCAACGAAAAGACGACGAACCUACCGCAGCCGAGCAGCCGGAUGUCAUGAUUGUGGACGAAGAUGGAGAAGAUGAAUCUGCUCUUAGAGUUGGAACAAUGCACACCGUGACUGAGUUCGACAAGAUGGUUGUCUGGUCCCACGAUACGCUUGCUGAUGCCUCGUCGGACCCUUAUCUAAGAGGCGUGGAGGAAUGGCUCCAGGUGGCAGAUAGCAUACAUUCAUACUAUACAGAGGACGGCCAAAUUGCGAAAUGA